AGACAAUGGCGGAUCAGAAUGAAAGUCCAAGUGCAACAGAAAAAUCAUCUUCCCAAGAAUUGAUCAACACAACAUACUCAGGGGAGGAAGAAUGUCAUUUUCCUGAACCCCCAGCGUACAGCUUGGAUGAUCCGAAUGCAAGGGAGAAUAACAGAACACAUUGGACGCCUGAUGAGGAUGAUGUAAGUACCUGUCUUACGUUGCAUGAAAAAUUGACCAAGGCUUAAUGCGACGGUCAAUUGCAGGUGGCCUGACAGUCUUAUUUGUAUCUGAAAUGCUUUCCCGCAUGUGGAAUACACGUUGUUUUGGGUCUCAGAGGAAAAUUUGAGUCGAUUAUACUUUUACAUCUUGCGCUUUUAUUUUUUUUGGGGGGGGGGGGGCAGGCGUGAGUGGUCCUCUUAUCUGAGGAUUACGCUCUGAAAGUGAGUCCACCACGCCAGCUUGCAUGGACCAUGAAAAUUGUCUCCCACAAAAUAGUUCAAUGUCCAAGGGGUUGAGAGUGGAUUUUAGACAGUCAUUUAUGCGUUUUUUCCCUGCCCACUGUGUGUGCGUUUCCAAGUGGAGUUGUCAGCGAAUAUUAUUCAUUAGGAUGUCUGCUGACUGGCAUUCUUGCAAUAGGUCCUGCCCAUCUGGCUACUCCUUAUUGUAGGUCUGUGGAUGUUAACAAAUUAAGACUAUUGUAGGACCUCUGUAUCAGGAACUAUGUCUAGCCACUUUAUCCCAAGAAGUUUACGUAGACAGCGUAGGUGGAAAUAAUUUAGCUGUCUAACAUGUCUGCUGUAAACUUUCCAUUUAUCGCUAAUUUUAAUUUAAUUGCAAUAUAUACUUUUCGCCUAAUGACGAGACUGAGACCUAUUCGCCCUUAAACACUCCAGGGGUGCCUUGAAAUGCUACAUUAGCUUCGAAAAUGUGUUUUCUGAUCUCACUCUCUAUAGUUUCUGACCUGGAGAGGGUGCUGCUCAAAUAUGUGAAUUUUUACCCUGCUUGGAGAUUCUGUCCCUCCACUGAAACUUUACCUUAUUUGUAAGCCUCUUCUAGAGCCGGCUGGUGAAAGAUCUCUUUUUGGGGGGUUAUUGAUGUUGAGGCAGUAAUUUUCACAGGCCUUAGUUAAGCGAUCAAGUAUUUGAUGAAAAAUCAGUUCCCAGCUUGCAUUUAGGACACAGUCAUCGGCAAACAAAAGACCCUUUUAAGUUUUGCAACGGCUUGCAAUCUUUUAAGAUUAAAUAGCCCUCCUUGUGGCCUGUAUCUGUAAAAAUGCGUCGGUAUUUUCAAGAGAAGAGUCAGUCAGCAUUGCUGAGAAUGAAAUGCUAAUAUUAUACUAGUAUCAUACAAUCGAUACAUUUCUUUUUAAUUUUAAUUUCCUGAUAAUAAUUAAAAUAUAAUUGAACCGUUUACGCUAGUUUUAAAACUGUUACAUAUUUUUCAUUUGUCCAUAGACAGAUUUAAUCUUCUUUAACAGGUUGAACAAGAAGGUUAUGAUUACAAUGCUGCUACAGAGGUUGAGUACGAAGAAAACGCCGCUGCUAGUUCAAGAUUAUACAGAGAUCACCCUAAGACCUACGACGGCAGCCAGCAUUACGCAGGCCGACGACAAGUGAGAGUUCAAACUCGUCAAUUCGCUGGACACUAUUUCGUCAAAGACUAUUUACGAGCAACAGCUGCCAAGUCAGGCCGACCGUAUUUGGGCCAAACUCACCCAGCUCAACCACAUCCGGUCCAACCACAUUAUUCCACACCACAUCAAGUUAAACCCCAUUCAGCUGAAGCGUAUCCAGCUAGGCCAUAUCACAAAAGCGCACAUCCGUUGGACCCGUAUUCAUCACACACCGCCCGACCUGCUCAUUCAGAUCGAGCACAAAUACACAGAUAUUUAGAAGCCUCACCUGCGCCUUACCAAGAUCAAGUUCUUUCGUUGACGCCAGCUGAACGACCGGACCCACCAGUACCAACUUUCGAUAUCGUGUAUAUUCCAAGGAAGCGGGUACGUCAUUUAAGGCGGGGAUUUUAAAAACAUAAUUCUUUUGAAGAGUCUCAUGUCUCUAGAAAAGUGCUAAUGACUGGAUGGUAGGCACCGUCUUCCCUAUUGCCUACUUUUAAUUGAGGUUUUCAAAAGUGCCUCUAUUGUUAACUACUCGCGAAAACACAUUUUUGAUCCACACCACAGUUCUUUAAAAGACGCUUUUUAAGACACCGUUAUUGUUGCUGUUUUUAAUAAAGGCUUUCGUUCUACUCACAAAUCCGUCAGGUUUUCUUUUACCCCUGCACCGUGCUGACCUUCAAAUUCAGGUGAUUUAGGCGUCCACUGGUAGCGAAACGUAGCAUAGUUUGUUGUUUUUUAAAACAAUGUCAAGGGUCAAUAAUUCUUCUUUGUUUCAUAGUUUCAAUUAAAAAGUAAUUUUAAUUUUUUUUUUUAAAUCGAAAGUAUUAUCUUUCAAAGACGGAUUUAGACGCAUUAAGAAAUAUACAAAUAGUUUAAAAUAUCUUAAAAUGCAUUCCGCCAAGAAAGUCUGUGCAGAAAAUAAUUUCAAAAAUCAAUACAAUCAUAUUGAAUUUCUCUGUUACAAUUAAUUCCAAUACCUUGGUUUCUUUGAGUGCCUUGUUACCAUUCCUCGCAGAAUUUUUCUUGUUAAGCUAAUACAUUUUUAAAAUUUAAAUGAUUUACUAAUUUUGUGUGUGUCUUUAAAAGUUAUGAUUGUAAAUUGCAAUAGAAACUAAUCCAAGUUGAAUUUGAAACAAUUUAUCCGGCCAUACCCCAGUACCUUUCAUUAUCCCUUUUUGACUUUUCGAACAACUGAUGCGUCCAAGCUUAAUACCCUUCAUAAAAUGUUUGGCUCAUUAAAUCAACUUUCUGUUAAAAAUCAAUAUUUUCAUAAAUUUACCUUUUUUGUUUGUUGUUAUUUUCAGCCUAAUCGCCAUGGGAACGGAAGAAGUUACAUAGCCUUUAGCGUGUUUGUCUGUUUUUGCUGCUGCUUACCAUUGGGCCUACUCGCCAUCUAUUUGUCAUACCAGGUAAUUUUAAUUAUUGGAAAAAAAAGUUUCUUUUUAUUUUAUGGAUUAUGCUAUGAACUUUUCAAAAAAUGAAGUUCCUUGCGUCGAAUGUUGAGAUCUUCGUUAUUGUCCAUGGCACCGUUAUCUAUCUUCAAUACAACACAGCCGCACUAGUUCUACACCUGGUUCACACUCAAGAGCAAUAACGCCGUUCAAUGGAAGUAACUAUCAAAAUUCUUCAUUGUCGGGAUCCUAUCAUAGCACCUGGCAGAUCACAAAACGAUCCCUAUCACCGCCUCCCUAAACGGACAACUUAUACUAAACCACUCUCUUCUAAGUGACUAACGAGGACUUGCGCCUUCACUCACUACCAUAUUAACUCAACAUACUGACGAGAAUGAACUCUACGACAGACCUUGCCACUAUCUGACCAAUCAGAACAUGUCACUACGAUCUCACGAUAAACAACUUAAAUAUACCUAACAAUCACGCGCUGUCACAUCCAGUUCAUAACAGGUUAUUGGCUCUUAAUGUUUAAAAUUCGUUGAUUAAUUCCAUGGAUUCUGGCUUCUAAGUGCUGAAAACGGACCAGAACGGUUCAGUGAAGUUCGUCAUAGUGCGAAGAGAAAGGAUCUGGAGUCAUCCGCCGAAGACCAAAGCACUCCGUGACCGAGCGUCUCAGGAGACGCAAAACCUAAUACCUUAAAAACCCUAAGCGUUUGAAUAACAAAACAGUUCUGACUCUCGGGAGAUCAUAGAAAGUAAGAUUUAUUAGAUUUAACCAUGUGUACCUUGUUCCUCUGUCUUUACAAGAUGGUGGGUGGCCGAGCGAUCUAAAAAGCUGCUCGAUUUUUUUUUUCAUAAAUUCACCCGUUUUUUUUUUUAGUUUUUGGUUCACUCAAUCAAAAUACCUGGUGGUCUGGAGAUCUAUCCAAAGCAAACAAAUCCACAUCACCAAAGGUGGAAGGGGCUCUUUAGCCUUGGACGGCAACUGAUCUACGAGAAGGAAAUCACUGAAUUCACACCAGGAGACUACUGAUCAAUAAAUUGAUCGUGGGUCCCUCAAAAUAUAGAAGAAGAAGAAGACUUCACUCAUUAGUGUCUGGAGGGACACACUGUUUCCGGUGUCUGUGAAAAUCUUGGUACGAGGAGCAAAAAACUAAUAAAAGUGGCGUCGAUGUUCAACCCAUCCCAAAAUUUGCGAUUGUAAAACAUAGAAAUAUGUGAAACCAUGUAAUAAGGGACAGAGAGUAUUUAGGGGAAAUGGAAAUGAGUGAAACAAAUUAUGGGAAAACCUGAAACAAAUGACGCAAGAACACAAAGAACGUCACGACAAGUCGUAAUGGACUAACUUUCCUCUCUUCCGUCUUAUUGUGCCUUCACUUUAUCCGUCACCUACUUAUCGUAUGUCAAAUUCCUCUUGCUAUCCCUCACAUUAUUGCAGCUAAGUGUUAUUUUCGUUUUACAUUUCUUUUACUGUUGUGUAUUCGCUGAAUGAGACCUACCUUUAAUUCAAAUUUUAAAUGGCUCUAGCGAAGUUCAAUCCAGACAAAGAACUGGGACCUGAAGACGUCUAAAAUGAUAUGCUCACUCGUUUGGAAAGCAAAACGUAACGAACGCUUUCAGAACGUUUCAAUAAUAACGGAUCACUGGCAUUCUUCCUAUGACGUUGAAGCGAGCAUUGAUAAUAAGAAUUAUCAAAGAUUGAUGACCGGGAGACUAACCGUUGAACAACCUUAAUGUUUAAAUGAGGUCACUUUGUGGACGAAUGGGUCCCAUAAAAACGCAGUGGUUAAGGUCACUGCAAUCGGCUCUUGCUACACGAGUGAAAAUAAAGCUGCAUACGGUGCACUCGUCCAGUACCCAAAAGAGGGAGUCUCCGAAUAAUAAGAAUAAGAAGACUUGAAAUUAUUGCAUAAGAUUUGAUGCAGAAAUCGAUGUUAUACUUUGGCCCUCAGACUAUUAAGCCGCACAUUAGAUAGAAAAAACCAUUCCGUCAAUCUUAGUGUUUACCGACUCACAGUUGGUUUUCCAGUCUGUGUGUAAUUGUUUUAAAGACAAGAAAAUUAGUUAAAUCGAUUCUGGAUAUAGCAAAAGAUAGAGCCCCAAGGAGGCAGAGUAUAACUUCAAUGGAUCAUUGGACAGGUGGACAUAGCCCAAAAGGAUUGAGCUAACUCUCAAGACAUCACAUUGUACAGCUAGGUUCAAGGUUAACAUAUUAAUUUAGAGAGGAAUUGUAUACGUGUUGUCAAAAAGAUCAAUGUCUCAUAACCUACAAUGGAAUUUGACACUUCCGAAAAAUGGUUUAAUGAGUGAGAACUAAAACAAGGUCAACAGCGCCUCACUGCGCAAAUGAGAACAGACCACAGUCCUACUCGAAACUACUAAACCAUAAUAAAAAAUCACUUCGGAAUCCGACCUGCCGACACUGUGGGCAUGCGCCACAGUCAUCUGUGCACUUUUUAGUCGCGUGCCCGAUACCUAAAAAUUGUAGAGUUGGUAUCCUCCAGGAAAACACGUGGAAAAUCCAGUUUUGUGCGACGCCCAACAGAUGCGGCACGCCUGUAGAUGGUUUUGCUCGAUCACCAAAGGAGCUCUUCUUAGCAACAUUACAUUGUUGGUUAACAACUAUGGUAGGCAUGGAAAAUAGACGGAACUUGAUUAGCCACCACUGAAUUUCUCAUAACGUCUCCGCUGUUUUGUAAGAAAUAUUUCAAAAUUUUCUGAUUAGUAAGAUGUGUGAAAUUGGACUAAUUGGUGUGGAUCUAUAAAAUGAAUAUAUUUUUAGAUUUUUCUUUCGCUACUUAAAAAUGAAGGUGAUUCUUUUGCGAAACGAAUUACAUCCAGGUUCACGUUGUGAAGGAGAGAAGGGGUGUUACAGUGGGCUUCCAGUGUAUGUUUAUUAUGAAGUAUUUUAGAGGAUUUUUUUUUCAUUCUGUGGACACAUAAAGGCACUCAAAGUGUUACAAAAAUGUGCUUGACCUGAAAAAGUCAUAUUUUUCUGUUACUGUAAGACAGAUUUUUGAAGUUUAGUUCUGAAAUUUCUUGAGUAAAAAUUAUUUUAUUGAUUUCUCGUUUGACAAUUUUUAACACGAGAAGCAUUGUGAAAUAUUGACAACCUCUCCCCGAAAAUAUCAAAAUUAUGAAUAAUUCCUUUAUGUCCAUUUUUUCCAAAUAAUACAUUAAUAUGGAUACCUUAUCCUGUUGUUUUCAAAUUAAAGCAAAAUACUAACGUCAAAGUUUAUAAUACACCAUUUCACAGGCAAAGACUUCGUGGCUCAAAGGCGCUUACCGAAGGGCCAAGUCCUUCUCCAUAGCCGCGCUGGUUACGAACAUCCUUGGCGUCAUCCUCGGCAUUGUGCUGGCAGCGCUUUUAAUCUGGCGUCAUUAAAAAGGAUAACUUGGACAACUUUAUUUUGAAAACAUUUUUUUACUGAAAGAUGUGUCAGGGAAGUCUGUCGGAUAUCAUUCUUUUGGGGGAUUUUUUUUGUUCUUAGAGAUUCUUGUUGGUGAAAGUACACAUACUUUUUUUUCCUCUGCUCAGCUGACUGGGGAUGCCGCCUUUGGGACCACUUAAUUUAAAGUUACCGUGUUGCGCUUGUUUUCAUAUAUUUACUGUUUAAUUGCUAGUAGUCUUUGGGGGGAUGGUGAUUUUAUGCAGAAGAUGCAUGAAGCAAAGCCCUUGCAAAAAAAAAAAAAUAAAAAAAAAAAAUUUCUAAGGCCAUGGUUUACCAAAAGUCAAUGUUGUCCUGCGCCAAGAUCAGCCGAGAAUGACAUUCCAGUAAUCGGCGUCUUAACUCAUUUGAUGGGGAGUCCGCUACUUAGUCUUCUCGCAAAGACGGAAAGGGUGGCACACAUGCUUACUCACAUGAUUUCGCAAUAGUAACAAAAUUUUUGUGCCCACGACACUGCACUACGACGAGGCUAACAAAACUACGGUUUCGGCAAAUUGAUGGUUCAUUCUCAAAUACCACCCUUUGAAAGGUCAACCAUUUAAAAGACAAAACUUUUGUUAAUUGAUAUUUUUAGUUUUAAAAUUGGAUUGUAAAUAAAAUUAUUUGAUUGGAGUGUAACAAAAAUUCAUAAGUAAAUAUACCCUGACUGCGUUAAUGUUUAUAAAUGUGCCCAUUUAUGCGAGUAUCCUAUUUGUUGUUGUAUAACAAUACAGUUAUGUGUGCAAAGAUUUUAUACAUUUUGGUGGACAUUUUUCCUUUGUUUAAAUAAUUGCUUUACUGAAAUUUAGUUUUUAGUUUUUCUUUGCCGUAGUUACAUCUAUUUGUAAGCAUUGUAGUUAGUUACAUCUAUUUGUAAGCAUUGUAGUUG